AUGGACGAGCGGCCAGACUUUAAUCUCGACUGCGAACGCUUCAGCGUGGAGCAAGAGCGACGGCAGCUGUUACGCCACAAACGACGGGAUGUCCCGGUGUAUCAGGUUUCCCGUGAGGAGCGCCUUCGCAUGCGCGAUCCCACCAUUGCCGAAAUGGAAGACAUGCGUGCACAGCGUGAGCUGGAGCGCCAAGCCCAGCUCGCGCACAAUCCGGCCAGCAGCCCAGAGGCAGCCAACGCGCGGGCCCAUGCUGCCGGAUCAAAGCGUCGCCCGCUCGUGCGGCGGCCUGGCGACGUGGGUACCGGCCAAGCCAUCGAAGAAAAGGUUCUCGACUUUCAAGCCCGUGUUACCUCCCGCAUCGACGCCCGCAACACAUUCCACGCUCCCAGACGUGAGGUGAAAAUCAAGUCCCACCGCUUGCCCGACUACAAAACUGUCAGCUCGCGCAUUGAUAGCAAAAGCAGUCACGAAAAGCCGCAGCCACGUGUCCAAGUUCAAUACGCCGUCGUGAAAAAGCGCAGUGAUGUCAUCCUCGAUCAGAAGCAACCGGACCCAAAGGAGCUUUAUCGGCAACGUCGUGAGCUGCAGCUACGCAUGACCCAAAAUGCGCUGCAGCAGCUCCGCAACCCCGGGUCGCGCGCUGACACGCACAAAGGCAGCAAGCCCGGUACUGCCUUGGCGGCUACCUCAUCAUCGACGGCAGCUCCCUCUCGGCAAACACCCCCACGCAAAGGCGCAACGCCCCCACACGACAAUCGUGAUGCUGGCGCCGACAGCGUCCACGCAUCGACCCCCUCGACUCACCCAUCCCGACCCACACACGCCAACUCAACUAGGCAUCAGCCUGACGAUGACGGCGCCAUCCCGGAGCAGAUUGAGAUUCCUUCCGUGCUCGACUUGCCUCCUGUUGACCAAGCUUUUUCAGAUGAUGCGGACGAUGACAACAACUCAAAUGCCUCAUCCCCACUCCCUUCAAGCCCUUGAGCGUCUGUGAGUCCUGUUUCUCUAGAUUUCGAUCGCCCUCCCGUCAUCCUCCAAGCCAAGAGACACGCCGCCGUGCCUUGCCUCCAUGCCACACUCUUCCAUGAUUACCAGGCCUACACUGUUUCGGGUAUCCGCCGGUGACCGUGGAUUCGCUUGUGUUCAGCGCCCAUGCAUUUUGGCCUUGAUGGCG